AUGCCUGGCUCCCUUGGUCAGAAUUUUGAUUUAAGGUAUUGGGAGUGUAGCACAGAUGUUAGAAUAAACCUCUCAAACAGAUUUUAAUGUACAACCAAGGUUGAGAACCACCAAGGAAGAGUUUUCAUGCAUAAAAAUUCCUAUACUCUAUCCUAGAACCAAUACAUCUGCAUCUCUGGGAAUGGAGUAUAAGAAUCUGAUUUGAAAAGGUUUCCUUAGUAAUUCUAAGAACUGACCAUUUUAGACACUGCUUUGUUAGAGUAAAAUGGUUAGGUACCUAGUAUCAACCUAGCCAUCCAACCUUAUAUUAAUAACUAGGAAAAUAAAGGGUUGGAGCCUCCGUAUUUCUUUGUUGAAAAAUCUGCUACUAUUAUUAGUUCUAUGAAAACAAUUCAAAAUUUGGUUAUUAUCAUCUUAAAAGUACAAAACCUAUAGAUAUUGAAAUUGUAAUUAUUUUUCUAUAGGCACAGUUAAAAUGAUUUUGUAAAUGUUAUAAAUCAGUUUCUUUAUAAGCUGUUAUUUAGAUAAAUUUUGUUAUACUGACAUGAUUCACUAAUUUUCUAAAUAUAAAUGGUUCAGCUUUCAGUUAUUUUUAAACUAAUGAACUGUGUUAUACUUAUUAUUUUUAAUGGGCUUUUGUGAUGUUUUAGGUUUCUUUUGAAUCCGGUGUGUCCUUCAAGUGCUUUCCAACUUUGAGAGGAAGAAAUUGACCACCUGGACUAUGGAACUGAAUAUAAAUAGUUUCUGGAAAGGACACUGACAACUUCACAGCAAAAUGAAGUUCUUUCUGUUGCUUUUAACCAUUGGGUUCUGCUGGGCUCAGUAUUCCCCAAAUACACAACAAGGACGGACAUCUAUCGUUCAUCUGUUUGAAUGGCGAUGGGCGGAUAUUGCUCUUGAAUGUGAGCGAUAUUUAGCUCCCAAGGGAUUUGGUGGGGUUCAGGUCUCUCCACCAAAUGAAAAUGUUGCAAUUUACAAUCCUUCAAGACCUUGGUGGGAAAGAUACCAACCAGUUAGCUAUAAAUUAUGCACAAGAUCUGGAAAUGAAGAUGAAUUUAGAAACAUGGUGACUAGAUGUAACAAUGUUGGGGUUCGUAUUUAUGUGGAUGCUGUAAUUAAUCAUAUGUGUGGUAAUGCUGUGAGUGCAGGAACAAGCAGUACUUGUGGAAGUUAUUUCAACCCUGGAAGUAGGGACUUUCCAGCAGUCCCGUAUUCUGGAUGGGAUUUUAAUGAUGGUAAAUGUAAAACUUCAAGUGGAGAUAUCGAGAACUAUAAUGAUGCUACUCAGGUCAGAGAUUGUCGUCUGAGUGGUCUUCUUGAUCUUGCGCUGGGGAAGGAUUAUGUGCGUUCCAAGAUUGCCGAAUAUAUGAACCAUCUCAUUGACAUGGGAGUUGCAGGGUUCAGACUUGAUGCUUCCAAGCACAUGUGGCCUGGAGACAUAAAGGCAAUUUUGGACAAACUGCAUAAUCUCAACAGUAACUGGUUUCCUCAAGGAAGUAAACCUUUCAUUUUCCAGGAGGUAAUUGAUCUGGGUGGUGAGCCAAUUAAAAGCAGUGACUACUUUGGAAAUGGCCGGGUGACAGAAUUCAAGUAUGGUGCAAAACUCGGCACAGUUAUUCGCAAGUGGAAUGGAGAGAAGAUGUCUUACUUAAAGAACUGGGGAGAAGGUUGGGGUUUCAUGCCUUCUGACAGAGCACUUGUCUUUGUGGAUAACCACGACAAUCAACGAGGACAUGGGGCUGGAGGAGCCUCUAUUCUUACCUUCUGGGACGCCAGGCUGUAUAAAAUGGCAGUUGGAUUUAUGCUUGCUCAUCCUUAUGGAUUUACACGAGUAAUGUCAAGCUACCGUUGGCCAAGAAAUUUUCAAAAUGGAAAGGAUGUUAAUGAUUGGGUUGGGCCACCGAAUAAUAAUGGAGUAAUUAAAGAAGUUACUAUUAAUCCAGACACUACUUGUGGCAAUGACUGGGUCUGUGAACAUCGAUGGCGCCAAAUAAGGAACAUGGUUGCUUUCCGCAAUGUAGUGGAUGGUGAGCCUUUUACAAACUGGUAUGAUAAUGGGAGCAACCAAGUGGCUUUUGGAAGAGGAAACAAAGGAUUCAUUGUUUUCAACAAUGAUGACUGGUCAUUUUCUUCAACUUUGCAAACUGGUCUUCCUGCUGGCACAUACUGUGAUGUCAUUUCUGGAGAUAAAAUUGAUGGCAAUUGCACAGGCAUUAAAAUCUACGUUUCUAAUGAUGGCAAAGCUCAAUUUUCUAUUAGUAACUCUGCUGAAGAUCCAUUUAUUGCAAUUCAUGUUGAAUCUAAAUUAUAAAAUUUAAAAUUAAAUGCAUAUCCUCAAAACAAUA